AUGUCCACCCAAAAAGAAACACCCUACCUAACCGCCCUCCAACGCGACGGCUUCGUGGUAAUCUCCUCCCUUCUCGACCCCGCCGAAACAACCUCCUUCCGCGCCGCCGCAACAACCGCCACCACGAAGACCCGAACCGGCUCCUGGCCUCACUUCCGCACCGUACCCAAACAAUUCCCCCCGUGGCCCACGACGCCGCCGCCUGCCUCCGAAGGCGGCAUCUGGGGCGUCCAGCACCUCCUGCAUCCCGAGAUGCCCGGACGGAAGGAAUUCGCGCGGUUUUAUUUCUCGGAGAAGGUGUUGGCUGUGGCGGAGGAGUUGCUGGGCUUGUCAACGUCAACAGGUUCAGGCUCGGAGGGAAAGGGGGAGGAACCCCUCGUGAUGGAACUUUUCAACCUGCUCGUCGCGCCGGAGACGAAGGAUUUCGAACUCCGUUGGCACCGCGAUGAUAUUCCCGAUACGGUCUCUCCGGAGGAAGAGGAGCGGUUAUUGCAUGCGAAGAGCCCCGCGGGGAAGCAGUCGCAUGCGCAGUAUAAUCUGGCGCUGUGCGAGGAUGCGUCGUUGAUUGUGGUUCCUGGGUCGCAUCGGCGGGUGCGUACGGAGGCGGAGCGCAGUGCGGCGCCGUACGAGGGUAACAUGCCGGGGCAGUUGGUGGUGGAGUUGAAGCCUGGGGAUGCGGUGUUCUAUGACAGCAAUAUCUUGCAUCGCGGGGUGUAUCGCGCGAAGCCCGAGGGAGGGGAGGAGUCGAGGUUGACGCUGCACGGGAGCAUCGGGUUAAAGGGGUCUGGAGGGGAUGAGGCGGAUAAGAAGGUGCGGGCGACGGCGGUGCUGCAGCAUGGCGUCGGGGCGUGGGUGCAUCGCGACGAUGCAGCGUUUGGCAUUGGGGAGCGGGCGGAGAAGAUGCGCGCGAAUCUGGUGGCGAUGGGGACAGGUGAGGGGGUGGGAUAUUCGCUACAGGGAUAG